AUGCCAACGCCGAAACGCUCGCGGCUGGAAGACAACACAGAGGAUACGAUGAUGAUACCCAGCGAGAUCGACGCACUCGAUCUAUCGAGCGUCCGAGUAUUGAUCAAGGUUUUGCAGCAGACCUUGAAGAAGACCGAGGACAUGGUCGAUAAGGCAGUGGAAGAGGAGAAGCAGCAAGAGCUGGAGAAGGCCGAUACGGAAAAGAAGGAGGUGCUGGCGAGGGCUGUCGCGAGCAGGAAGGAGGUUGUGGGCGAGAGGAAGUCCUUCGCUCGAUCGCUCCAUGACGACACACGAAUCCUCACGCGGAAUCAAGACAAGAUGCUGAACAUCAUCGGCACGGGCGCCCGCUAUUUCGCUCAGUUGGAAAACCAUGUGCCCACGCUGCAACAGACCACAGCCUUGCUCAAGGAGCACGCCGAAGAAAUGGAAGAGACCGGAUUCAUGGUGAGCAGGAAGAACAAUCUCGACGCCUUACUAUCAAGUUUUGGCCCCAACGUUAUGCGGCAAGCCGAGCCAUUCUGCGUAACCAAGGACCCGGACGCGGAGAUUAACGCGGUCGUCGAGGUCGGUAAAGCCUUGACAAGUCAUGAAAAGGCCAAGCGAUCGGUCGAGAUAAGACACCACCAGCCAUCGUCCAAGCGGCAGAAGAGCAAACCGCGCUACCCAAAUCUUACAUUGACUGUGAAGUUGUUCGUGUGGACGGACCGGAUGAACGGCAUGAUCUCUUUGGAGCAGUUCUACGAUCUCCUCGCCAUACUCAGCCGUCCACAUGGUGAGGACAACACCCUUGGCUGCGUGGAAGACCUAUCUUCAGACAUUUGCGCUCGCUUGGAAGACGUGUCUUUGGAUAUCGUUGUGUGA